AUGGACGCAGCUUAUGUGAAAUUUAUGUUGUGCCAGUGCCUUAUAAAUCGGGCGGAUUGGGGCUUGGCCCUUGGCUGCAUGAACAUCGUGUACUCCUUUUUCCUCUUCCAAUUUUGGUCGGUGGAGCUCUUCAGAUGCCUCCACAAUUAUCCAAUCAAGUGGGUUUUGUUGUACGGAUUCAACAUAGUGUUCAAUGUGAUCGUCAUGACGAGGAUAGUGAAGAGGGAGAGUAUCUCGGUCUUCUACUGGAUGUGCGAAACAGGUGCCCUCUUAAUAUUCCGCGUACAUUUCCUAUAUUACAAUGAAGACGACUUUUGGCUAGCCAAACAUGACUAUUACCACGUGUCCAACUUGGUAAUCGAUGUUUACAUUGGACUGUCUCUGCUGGCUAUGAUUUAUGUUAUAUGUGGCUUGCGUUUGAAUCUGGAGGGCCAAUUCCCCGAGGCGGAAAUGGGCAGAGAUUGCAAAUUCGAUCCAGAGAUGGCCAAAAGAGCAGCUCAAAGGCAUAAGGAGGAGUUUCUAGCAAUGAAGGAGGAGGAGGAGGAGAAGCAGAGACAACUGGAAAGUGAUCUAGAAAUGGAGGAAUCAAAUCGCAAAGCCGCCUUAAAACUUGCUCAACUCGAGGAGGAGGGAUCCCUGUGCAGCCUGGUGAUAACACCCACUGCACCCGAUGAGGAAAAUGUGUAUUCCAGCAUUUUCCUUUCGCCAGACUUUCCCGGACCUUCAGCUCCGCCAGAAAGUUCACUUUCCAUCGAGCCGGAUUCCUGGUACGAGAUCAAUGAUACAGCUGCCUACGACGAUCAAUACAAUGAUUAA